GACCGCGUCAGUCACUCGCCGGCAGCCGGUGAAGUCAGAUAUUUAAAUAUCCAGGUGUCACGUUCCUCAUAAUAAUUAUAAACCACUCGCCAGCUUUGCAUACUUUUUAAUUUUAAAUAAACGAGUACAGGGUCACGGUACAUCGUGUUUAUAAAAAUUAUUGCAAUCAACGUCAAAAAGUUUUUUUUAAAAAACCACCGACAAUACGAGUUUUUAAAUAAUUUAAAAAUUUUAAAAUUGUGUUUUUAAAUUUUGUGGACAGUGACCAAAUGGAGUUUUUUUUACUCUUAUUUAAAUAAGUGCCAGUGAUGUGAUUUAUUAUUUUAUCCAUAACGGAUAUAUAUACAUAUAUAUAUACAAAUUUAUAAUUAGCUUACUCUAGUGAAUCUUACAAUUAGCACGAGCUGGUGCAUGUGUAAGUUAUAGUGUUAUAUAUUUAUAUAUAUAUAAAUUUCUAUAUAUAUAUAUACAUAUAUUGGAUUACUAGAUUAUUAUACGUGUAGAACGGAAUGCUGUUCUUGCCGAGAUAAGAGGAAUCUCGUAGUUGAGACGCUUAAAGUGAGGACGCUGGGCGUAUCGGCGACGAAAUGAAGCAUGCAGCAUGCGUGGUAGCGGUGUCACGGCUGCGCGGUCCUGCCUUCAACCCCUGGUGUCCGCCAGCCGCUACCUUGCCGUGCACGCCCUUCCCGGUGACCCUCUUUACUUCGUCGUUGAGGCGAAGUCAAGAGUAAAAGAAGUAUAUGCGCAAACAUGCGUACUGCUUGGGCAACAGGGCAUGCGAGAUUGCGAACUUUUUGGCCUGGCAAUACUUUCAGACGGCGAGUACCUGUUUGUGGAUCCCGAGAGUAAGCUCAGCAAGUACGCGCCUAAAAAUUGGCGAAGCUCCCAUACUUACGGCUUGGAUAGCAGCGGACGACCAGCCUUUGUGCUCUACUUUCGCGUUAGAUAUUACAUUGAUACUCCAUUAUUAUUAAGCGAUGAAACAACACGGCAUCACUACUACCUGCAGCUGCGUGACAAUGUUGUCCGGCAUGGAGGCGGGGUGGAGAGUCUCCACCCUCACCAUCCCCUACACACACCGGAGAUCGUCAGCCCGCUGUUGGUCCUCGCGGGUCUCGCGUUGCAGGCAGACAUGGGGGACUACAGCGAGGAACGUCACCGUCCCCACGCCGGUAGUGUCGGAUACUGCAAGCCCACAGACUACUUGCCGCCACACAUGUGUCUGGAGGCCAACGUCCUCAACGUGCUUGCGUCCCAGCACCGGGACAAUCGCGGACUCUCAAGGGAAGAAGCAGAGCUCCAGUACAUACGCGAGGCUGUCCUCUUGGAGGCGCCGCUCAAUGCUCACCUCUACCGGCUGCGACGGACCAAAGGGGAGGUCGGCCCCGGUCGCAUUCUCCUCGCGAUCUGCGCCCGCGGAGUCAGAAUUUACACUGAACAAGAGACUCCACGGAUUUUUGCCUGGAACAACAUCGGCAAGCUCUGCUUUGACCGCAAGAAAUUUGAAAUUCGCGCGGUCGAUCAGCCAGACAAACUCACCCUUUACAGUGGAUGCGACGACAAGAGCAAGCUGCUGCUCGGAUUGUGUCGCGACACCCAUCAGUUUUCAAUGGCCAUAGCGCCUCGUGUCACUGAGGCGCGCAGACGCGAGGAAGAGGAACGCAAAGUAUUGCGUGACUGCUACAUGUACCCAGCUAGAUGUAAAUUGAGUAUGACGGCCCGCGGUUCACGUCGCGAUCAGCGCAUAUCCGUUAUCUCGAGCACUUCGUCAAAUACGACCUCGGGUAUCGUCAGUGAUCGCGUGCACAGCGAAGACGAACCUGACACUGCACCCGCCUCGACAGAGUGUCUUGCUCGACUCACUGAAAACUCAACACCGCUGACCAGCGACGAGCAAUCGCGUUCCUCAUCGCCCAUCACUUCACCCGCUGAUGAAGUUGACGGUAAUGAUACGACAUUUACCAGCAACACCGCCACCAGGCGCUCGGCAACCAAUCCCGGGUGCACUGAAGGCUCUCAGUGCAGCAGCAGUUGCAGUACUGUUGUAAUAAAUCCACUCACCAAUAAUUCCGUGACCUCAAGACCUAGACGUGCAUCUGCUAGCUCUAGUCUUGAAUUGGGAUACUCACACACCGCUCAAAACUCAGCGGUCUCUUCUGAAUCCGCCAGUUUUCCCGGUGUCAUUUACGACAGGUGCAAGAAAGCUGGCAAGUCAUUUGCGGACAACAACAGCAGCUCGACUUUGAAUGUCGACGAGGGAUUCACUGGGACGGACAUUGCCAGCGAGACCAGUGGAGUCUACACAAUGAGGAGCAGCGCGAUACAGGACGAGAGGAUAACAGAAUUAUACUCACCGAGCGGUGACGCUAACGAGUCAAUAUCAACCAGUGACGUAUGUACAUUGAGUUCGGUUCAGUCUACAACUGAUGAGGCAUCUGUUACCUCGGGCUUCUACACCAUUCACAGCGAAUUGAGGUCAGAGAAUAGUGACGUUUACACUGAGGAUGCCAAUCAAGAUGAUCAAGAACCUAUAUACAGUAUUUGUAAAGGCGACGAUGAAGAUCUGACAAGUUCAAUUGGCCUGUCCAACGGCAACAUCGAUCAGCAUCUAGAUGACUUACGAUCACGAAGCAACAGCAUUCUGAGUACCGGAAGUUUUCGUGGUGACGGAAGUGAUCCUCCGGGAAUGGGACCGCUGCUGUCUGCUGAUGAACUUUCUGACUUAAUUGUCGGCCGCUAUCCCCCACGUAAAACAAUAAGUAACUCUAUGGACUCUGAUUGUGAUUACGUGACAAUGCCACCGCCACCUGCUCCGCCGCCAAGAAUUGACAGCAAUGAACGGCAAUUACCGACCCCACCUCCCUACCCGUCUAAUAUUGACUACAAAUCAAUAAGCUCGUCACGUGCUACGAUACCAUCUGGAGCUGAAAGAGAGCCUCCACCACCGCCUCCUUACAACGCUCCGCGAGUUGACUUCGUUCCUCUCCCCCCUAGAAGAAGCGAACCACCACCUCCACCUCCUCCAUACACGUCUCCACGCGAGCGUAUACAAAUUCCCCCGCCCACUCCACCGAGAAACGAUGCAGUUACUCCUCGUGAGCCACCACCGCCUCCUCCAUACCCGCAAAUUACAGUCGCGUGUCAAGAAGCCAUUUCAAAGUUGUAUCCGAAUGCCGGCGAGGAAUUAUCGCGAAUGGCUAGUAUUAAAAAUAAUCGUUCCUCUAUAAAUAUAACGAAGAAUUCAAUUCUUACAACACCUACCAAGUCUUGUUCGAUAGCCAGUGAAGCGCCACCGGCAUUGGCACCAAAACCACCGCCGAGAAUUCAGCCACCAACUUACCCCGGUGACAAAAUGAAGCCAACGCCAGUUCACGCACCCGUAGCUGCGCUAGUGGUUGGCCCCAAUAAUUAUCUAGAUGUCCACGCGUCACGAAGUGGCCCCGUUUUGCUUCCAUAUCUGGGCUCUCCGACACCCCAACCGCCUCCUCCCCCUCCGCCGCCGAUGGUUCACACGCGGCAACCACCCCCGCCACCGCCCAGUUUGGCGACCGUGUACACUAGCCAAGUAGCGCGAUCUCAGAUAGAGCAGUACCGUCAGCAGCUCUACUCUGAUGUCGACUACGUAAUGUUCCCGCUGAAAGACCCAGCGAUAUCAAAACAGGAGUACAUUGACGUAAAACAGGGUUCGCUGUUGUCAGGACUGACAGCUGCCUAUCCUCCGCCUCCCUAUCCGUCAUUCAACAACAAAUCAUCAGUGGUCUAUCGCAGCACUCCGUACUUACCUGGAUCAUCAUUCUCCUCCAGCAAUUCAAAGUACGCUUCCAACCUGAACUUGAGUGACACCAGUUCCAACUACCCCGUGCACGGUAAUCUCAGUAGCCACUACGCCGCCAGCACGAGCUCUCUCUACAGCGGUGCCACUUGUUCGUCAUCCGUUGGUAGCCACAGUCUGCGAAGAGAACCCUCUGUUCCAGCGAAUCCUUACACUCACAACACUUUCUCGCGCACCAGAAGCGAUGAAAAUAUUCUUAAAUGUUUUGAAGCACCGGCUGCCAGCAAACUUCAGUCAUUGCCGCAGACCAAGCACAGACGUCUGCCUCCACCGCCACCACCACCUCCCUACGAAAUCCAGAAUCUGGAGAAAAACCAACCGCUUCCUUCAGCAUCAUCAGCACCUUGUCCGCCAACGACAACAACGACGACAAGCAUAGCUGAUAACGAAGGCAGCAAAGAAGACGGAAUGCUUGACAUACGGACUCUUCGCGAGAAGAGCAGGAACCUGGACUUGCCACUGAUAUCGGCGCUUUGCAACGACCGUUAUCUGCUCAAGCAAACCAAGGCUUUCGUACUGCCCAAGCAUCCAGUAGAGAGUUCAUCAUCUUCAUCAGCAUCACUAUCAGCAGCAGCAGCUUCAUCAUCAUCCUCCUCCGCGAUGACAACGACCCCAGCCACCGCUUCCUCCAGCGGUAAAAAUUCAAUAGGUCUCUCCCGGGAUACAAACACAAGCUCGAUUUCGAGCAGGAACAAAUAUCCUGUGAGCGGACUCUCGACUACACAGAUAGCAAAACCACCGAGAAAAUUAUCAGCAAGUACACACCGACAUCCUUCUGAAAUAAAAGGCAAUUCUUAUAUGAUUAAUUCACCGAUCACUAAAGUAUCCUCGUCCCCGGGUAAAAAAGACCCUACGAGGGCAUCACACUCGUGAUUAAAUUUAAUUAUCAUUUAAAAUAUAUAAAUUACAAACAACAGACCGUGCUUCUUCAACUCAGGGUGCCAUUUAUAACAGAAAAAAUUUUUAUAUAUUAAAAACAUUCCCGUCAGCGUCGUUUUAUUUUUUUUGCUGCGUCUUCCGCGUUGUACUUUAUUUAGGAUCUUAUAUUUUUCAUUUUACUUUAUCUAUUGCACUCAAUUAAAUUUAAUUUUAAUUUUUUAUUAUUGUACUGAAUUUUUUUUUUUUUUUUAGUUAAUUAUUAUUAACAUUCCAAUGUAAUUUAAAUAAAUGGUGUGCGGUAUGAUCGCGGUGUGACGUAUGAUUGUUAAGAAAAAAAAUAUAUGAAUGACGACGCUGUUAUUUGCUCAAAUAUUGUCACAAAAUUAAUACCAUUAUUUUAUUAUUAUUAUUUUGUUUCCUUAAUUAUAAUUUAAAAAUAUAUAAAAGAAAAAAAACAAUGUAGUAUUAUUUGAAAGAAUUAAAUAACGUGGGCAUAAUUUGAUAAAAUCCGCCACGUCAAUACUUACAUUUGUAACGUGCAAACAAUGAAUACUUUUUUUUUUAGAUAACUAAGUUAUCAUACACGUAUUUUUAUACUCGAGAUGUUAAGUGUAAUAAAUGCAGAUGUUAAUGCAAUAAAAAAUAGUAUAACAUUA